AUCAUGUUGAGGAGUACGCAGUCCUCUGCCGUACUUUGCACGGCCAUGCUUCCGUCUCUUGUAUUGGUACUGUUACUUCAAAGUACUUCUGCAGUCAACUAUUUUUCCUACGGACAGCCUGAUAGGAACCCACCAAAAUGGCCGAAUCUCUUGAGUAUCGACGAAUUAGCACAGAGAGGAGGUUACCAGACGACCAACUACGAAGUGAUCACAGAAGAUGGAUACAGCCUUUGGAUCCACAGGAUUGGCAACAACACUGGUCCUCCAGUUCUUAUACAGCAUGGUUUGAUGCUAGCUGCAGAUCAAUGGUUAACUCGAGGUCCCAAAAAAGAUCUGGCAUUCCUCCUGUUGAAGAAAGGUUACGAUGUGUGGUUGUCAAACCUGCGAGGAACGGUGUUCAAUGAAUACAGUGUCAAGUAUCCCAAAAGCGACAAGAGGUUUUGGGAUUUCAGCCUCCAGGAGAUUGGUAUGUAUGACCUACCUGCUUUCAUCGACACCAUCUUGGACAUACGUAAAUUAAAUCAACUGUUCUACAUAGGCCACUCUCAAGGAACUACAGUUUUCUUUUUGAUGUGUUCAAUAAGACCAGAAUACAACGAUAAAAUACGGGGAGCAGUUCUCAUGGCACCGAUUGCUUAUACUCCAUCUGCCAAAGAACUGACUCCACUAAUUCGAUUCCUAAGAGGGAAAUCUGAGGUUAUUCAUAGUUUUUUGAGAAAGUUGGGCAUACAUUCGCUGGAUUUUCGAAGUGAGCAGACUAUAAAUUUUCUGAGAGAGAUAUGCGCCAAGAACAAGAACACGAGACUGCUCUGCUUACACCUCCUUGAACUAGGUGCUGGUGAAGACAGCAACAACCUCAAUCUUGAUGAAUGGAACUUUUUUAUACCAUAUUAUGGGGCAGGAACAUCCCUAUAUGUUGUUUUACAUUUUGCACAGAUUUAUUCAACAGGUGAAUUCAAAGCUCUAAAUCUAGGUUCUGUAGCAAAUCUUCAAAAAUAUGGAAGAAUAAAACCGCCGAUGUACAACUUGAAGCUUAUUACUGCCCCCACCAUCCUCCUCUGGGGACCAAACGAUAUCCUUACAUCAGAAAAUUCCGUGAAGAGGAUAGCUUCCGAGCUGCAGAAUGUUCUUCUUGUGGAAGAAGUGCCUAAAUUCAACCAUAUUGACUUCUACCUAGGCAAUAAUGCUCCUUAUAUUCUUUAUCCGGAAAUCAUCACAACUUUAAAUAGUAUUUUAAAAAAUAAGAGUUCAUCCGAUAUAAGGAAAAAUUAUGAAAGUAUUGCAACUAUAAAAUCUAAAAAAGAACAGUAUCCAUAUUCUAAAAAAAAAUAUCCCACGGAUUAGAAGAAGGACUAUUUGUCUUCACAGAAAGAUUUACAUAAUUAUUCUCAAAACUAAUUGCCUCUUUGAGCAUAAAAAAAGUAUCUGAUGAUUCGUAUGAUGAUGAAGACUGAGUUUAUAAGUAGUACUAACUGAUUUAGAUAAUGAGUAAUUAUGAUGUUUCUGGAUAAAUGAGCAUUUAUUGUAUUAGGCUCAUUGUUGUAAAUAAACAUUCAAUAUAAAGACAUAGCCCAGUAACCUUGAACAUCGUAAGUUGUAUUGAAUGGGAGUAGAAGGUUUAUUUUUAUUUUUUUGUGUGGAGUACGACUGAGAUGCAUAAUCCAAGUUUUUCGUCCUCGGAGCUCCCCCCCUCCCUCACAGAUUACUUUUGAAUAUCCCAAAAACUGUUAUAUUUUCAGGGUUUUCCCCAUUUUAUUCAUGAAGGAGCACAUUUUCGACAAAAAACAUUCUAUGCAUUUUUAAACAUGCUACAUAGAUGAAAUAUGCUACAAUUUAACACAAGAAGUGGCUCAGUACACCAAUUUGUUUACGAGAUACAUAUUUUCAAAUUUAAGACAAUUUUAUUUUCAAUUUAAAUUAUUUUUCAUGUUUGAUCAUAUGCAAUUAUCUGUAAUUUUCAAUAACCUGUCUCAUAUAAGUCAGCAAAGUAAAUAUUUAUUCAUUUCAAUAUUUUGAAGCAGGGGUGUUGAUGGGGUGGGAGGAGGGGAUAUUUGGUGGAAUAGGAUAGGCAAUGGUUCCACAAAAGAAAUUGGCCUCACUGUCCCAAAAUGGGGUCCAAGCAUGGCUGAGAGACGACUUCGACUUGAGUUUUUCGGUCACUGUGAUACAGCAGUUGGCUUAAUGUCAAUAUAAUUCUUCUUUUAUUAAAAUUUGGAAAUCUGUAUCUCGUAAACUAAUUGAUUUACUGAGCCAGUUCUGGUAUUAAAUUGUUGUAUAUUUGAUCUAGUUUAAAAAGGUAUAGAAUUUGUUUUGUCGAAAAUAAAUGUUUUGCAGGAAAAUACAAAAAUAUAGCAGUUUUUGGGGUUUUAAAAGUGAUCCAGGAGGGCGCCGAGGUCGAAAACUUGGAUUUUUCAUUUCAGUCAUAUUCAAUACAAGAAAAAAAAAGAAACUUUCAACCCCCAUUGGAUGCAACUUAGACCCUCCUUUUCAUGACAAGGUUACUGGGCUAACAAUCAUACUGUGAAACCCUAAAAGGAUAAUUUGUUUGGAAAAUGAUGUAUUGAGCUUUUUCCACAAAAUGAAAUCUACGAUGUUUCAAUUUUUAUCUAUGGCCUUUUGUAAAAACUUGUAAGUUAAAAACCAGCAGAUUAUGGAGAUUGUAUCGUUACCGAAAAAAUGUAAUAAAUUUCUCAAUGAAAGGUGGUCAUGUACAUAUAGAAUGUAUAAUGAAUUUUUCACAUAGGCUACAGUAUCAAAAAUGGUUAUUGGAUUAACUUCCAUUUAACCAUAUAAUUAUCACAGGGAUUGAGAGUAAUUCAAUAGCCAUUUUAAUAAAUGGCUGGGUAGCAUAAAUUACCUGAGUUUACAAUCGACUUUAAUAUCAUUUGGACUCCUAUUUAUAAUUAAUUAUUCAUCAAAUUAUGGAUUUGAGAAGUGGUUUAAUGUCUGUAUCAAGUACCUUGAAGGCGAGUCAGAUUCAGAAUUAAUUGAUAAAAAUCCUUACUAAUUAAUUGAGUAAUUUUUAUUUAAUUUGAGAGAUUAACAUUAUUAAUGGAACUAAAGAAAAUAAGUUUAUUCUUUUCCUGUAACAGCACUUUAUUAAUAGGCUAAAAUUAAUUUUUCUUUUACGCUUUCUAUUCUUUUUUUAAAUUUCUAAUAUGUGACGGACACUCCUCUAUCCUGAGGCCGGAACUGCUUACCACGGAACUAGACAAAACAAAGAAGAGAAUAGUAAGAGGAAAUAUAAAAUAUAAUGGCCUUCAAAACAAUCAAAACCUCCUGUCAACUGCAAAAUGAGCUUGACUGGAAAAAAAGUUAUAAAUUUCAGAUAGUGAGAAACAAAGAAUUGACUUCAUUUUUUUUAUUAUUUUUUUUAUUUAUCACAUAAUAUAUGACAUAAGUUAAAGUUUAAGCUAAAAUCAGAUUAAUAGGCAAUGCAAAAUGGGGUUACAGUUGUUUUUAAAGUUGCUGGAACAGCUCUUAGAAAAUAUAUUAAUGAAAAAUAUAAAAGAUCUGCAAAAACUUGCUGGUCAUUCCCAACACAUGUAAAAAUAAAAAUAUUAAUAAUAAAAAGCUUUGUUUAUUUUUUGUAUUUUGCUAAUUCUUCAAGCAUUUGUCUGGUGAGGUAAAUAAGAAGAUAAACUUUUCUGGAUAAUAGAUGAAAAACAAUAAAAUAAUGUACCUGCUCCAUAUUCCAUAUUUAGUAUAAUUGACAUAAUGAUGUUAGAACAUAGCUUACUUACUACUCAUUGUUGAUUAUUUUUAUGCAAUAACAUAUUUUUAAACUUCUGAUCAAAUACCAUUAUAAAUCACUGUUUUAAAGAAUUAAAUUUCGUCAAAUUUUAUGUAGUAUAUUUAAUAGAAAUGCAUGACUAAUUUAAAAAUAAAUGGGUUUUUUUUUCAGUUACUAUCUAUUUUC